GAUUCAUAAGUUCCCAUGGAAAGGUCUCCUAAGUUAAAAGGAGAGCCUUGACAAGUGGUUUUGUGUACAGAAACGGGACAUUUAAAAAACUUCAAAAUGGCAGAAAAUCAAGGAAAUUCUUCACAUCAAAUAAGCCAAGGGGCUGGACGAAACUUCUUUCAACGAUUGGAUUUCUUAUCCAAUAGCGAUAUUCAGAAUGAAUUGUCAGCAGAGAAGAGGCAAACAUUGAAGAUUAAUCUGGGAUCUGGUAGUCUGUCUUUCUCAAAUUCCACAAACUCGACCCACUCUAUUUCCACUAGUAUGUCAGCAUGCCAGCCAUUGCCGUCGUCUCGUCCUAGCUUGCCUCUACCCCUGCCAAAAUUGCCAAUCAGGCCUCGGCCGGCAGCACAGCAAGAAUUUCUCCCAGAUAAAGCUAGUAAACCUGGGCAAAUGAGGUAUUAUUCCAGGGAAAAAUUGCGGAUGUGUCAAUCCAUGCAGAGCACGGGAAAGCUCCAAUUAUCUCCUGAUACAAUAUACGACUUCACCAGCGAGGAUUUACAAGACUUGGGAGAAAUUGGGCGCGGAGGUUUUGGUACUGUAAAUAAGAUGAUACAUAGGAUAAGCAAUACAGUCAUGGCUGUGAAGAGGAUUCGCUCCACGGUAGAUGAAAGAGAACAGAAGCAACUUUUAAUGGAUUUAGAAGUUGUCAUGAAAUCCAAUGAGUGUCCCUGCAUCGUGCAAUUCUAUGGAGCUUUAUUUAAAGAGGGAGACUGUUGGAUUUGCAUGGAAUUAAUGGACACGUCUCUAGACAAAUUCUACAAGUUUAUAUACGAGAGAUUAAAUGAAAGGAUACCCGAAAGUAUCCUGGGAAAAAUAACAGUAGCUACAGUAAAGGCAUUGAAUUAUCUCAAGGAGAAGCUCAAAAUUAUCCAUCGUGAUGUAAAACCUAGCAAUAUAUUGCUGGACCGCCGUGGCAACAUCAAACUUUGUGACUUUGGCAUUUCUGGACAGUUAGUGGAUUCUAUUGCCCGAACACGAGAUGCUGGUUGCAGGCCCUACAUGGCUCCCGAAAGGAUAGAUCCUCAACGUGCAAGGGGUUACGACGUCAGAAGCGAUGUUUGGUCGUUGGGUAUAACGCUGAUGGAAGUUGCCACUGGGUUUUUUCCAUAUCCCAAAUGGAAUUCUGUAUUCGAACAGCUCUAUCAGGUUGUGCAGGGAGAUCCUCCGCGCCUUUCUCCCAACGAGAAUGGGAAUCGUUUCACUAUGGAUUUUGUGAAUUUUGUGAACACAUGUUUGAUUAAGGAAGAAACCCAGCGUCCGAAGUACAACAAGUUACUCGAGCAUCCGUUCAUAAGGAAAGGCGAAGAGGCAACGAUAGACGUAGCUGCAUAUGUCAGCGGAGUCUUAGACAGUAUGACCAAUAACGGGGUGACACCGUUCACCACUAACCAGCCUUAAAAGAUCUGCAUUCCAUGGUCCUUUGUAAUAAUAAUGUAGGUAAUUAAACUAUGUUCUGCUUGGAAUACAGUUUUACGCAAGGGCCCCAUACCCUCCCCCGAACCCCGUUAUAGAGGACUUUCACACCGAGAUACUCCAUAGAGAGUAGAAGGUACACGAUAUUCAAUUUAUCAAUUAGAACAGGAAGAAAAAAUAAAUAAAUAAAUAAGGAAAAUAAGAAGUAAAGGAGAAACUCAGAUAUUGUAAUAGCAUAAUUUCCUAUCAGACACCAGAGUUGCUGCAUGGCUGGCGCCCAUACCUCCUCAAUAAAUAUUAGAUAUCAUCUCCAGAACGAUCCGUAGUUCUUGUAAUAUUGAAAUUAAUCUUCAAAUUGUUGUGAAUUGUAUAUAUUGUUUAAUGUUUUAAUUCCAUGUUUUAUAUGCAUAUGACUUGGAAAUAGUUCGCCAAAACAGUACAAAGUACCUAAUUGCUCGUUCUGGCGAUUUUAUUAGGACAAGCUUAUACCAACGUUAAAAUACUGUACUGUAAGAUUGAUGAAUAAUAAGUAAUAGCAAACCGUAAA